AUGGCCUCCGUAGAGCAGGACACUGGCCCCCUAGAGCAGGACACUGGUCCUCCUCAGAGCACGACACUGGGCAUCUCAGAACAGGACAGUUACCCCUCAGAGCCCGGACACUGGCCCCCCUCAGAGCAGGGACACUGGCCCCCCUCUGAGCAGGACGACUGUGCCCUCCUCAAGCAGGAGGAACUGGCCCCCUCAGAGAGGACACUGUCCCCUCAGAGCACGACACUGGCCCUCAGAAGCAGGACACUGGCCCCUCAGAAGCAGGACACUGGCCCCUCAGAGCAGGACACUGGCCCUCCUCAGAGCAGGACACUGGCCCCCUCAGAGCACGGACACUGCCCCCUCAGAGCAGGACACUUGCCCCCCUCAGAGCAGGACACUGCCCUCCUCAGAGCAGGACACUGGCCCCCCUCAGAACAGGACAGUUACCCCCCUCAGAACAGGACAGUUACCCCCUCAGAGCAGGACACUGCCCCUCAGAGCAGGACACUGGCCCCCCUCAGAACAGGACAGUACCCCCCUCAGAACAGGACAGUUAUCCCCCUCAGAGCAGGACAGUUACCCUCCUCAGAGCAGGACACUGGCCCCUCCAGAGCAGGACACUGGCCCUCCUCAGAGCACGACACUGGCCACUCUCAGAACAGGACAGUUAACCCCCCUCAGAGCACGACACUGGCCCCCUCAGAGCAGGACACUGGCCCCCCUCAGAGCACGCAACUGGCCCCCCUCAGAUUACGACACUGGCCCCCCUCAGAGCAGGACACUGGCCCUCCUCAGAGCAGGACACUAGCCCCCCUCAGAGCAGGACACUGGGCCCUCCUCAGAGCAGGACACUGGCCCCCUCAGAGCAGGACACUGGCCCCCUCAGAGCACGACACUGGCCCCCUCAGAGCACGACACUGGCCCCCUCAGUCGCACGACACUGCCACCCUCAACAGACAGUACCCCCAGAGCACACACUGGUCCCCCUCAGAGCACGGACACUGGCCCUCCUCAGAGCAGGACACUGGCCCCCUCAGAGCAGGACACUGGCCCUCCUCAGAGCACGACACUGGCCACUCUCAGAACAGGACAGUUAACCCCCUCAGAGCACGACACUGGCCCCCUCAGAGCAGACACUGGCCCCCUCAGGCAGGACACUGGCCCUCCUCAGAGCAGGACACUGGCCCCCUCAGAGCAGGACACUGGUCCCCCUCAGAGCACGACACGGCCCCCCAUCAGAGCAGCACUGGCCCCCUCAGAGCACGACACUGGCCCCCUCAGAGAGCAGGAACACUGGCCCUCCUCAGAGCAGACACUGGCCCCCUCAGAGCAGGACACUGGCCCUCCUCAGAGCAGGACACUGGCCCCCUCAGAGCACGACACUGGCCCCCCUCAGAGCAGGACACUGCCCUCCUCAGAGCAGGACACUGCCCUCCUCAGAGCAGGAACUGGCCCCCCUCAGAACAGGACAGUUACCCCCUCAGAACAGGACAGUUACCCCCCUCAGAGCAGGACACUGGCCCCCUCAGAGCAGGACACUGGCCCCCCUCAGAACAGGACAGUUACCCCCUCAGAACAGGACAGUUACACCCCCUCAGAACAGGCAGUAUCCCCCUCAGAGCAGACAGUACCCACCUCAGAGCAGACACUGGCCCCCCUCAGAGCAGGACACUGGCCCCCCUCAGAACAGGACCAGUUACCCCCUCAGAACAGACAGUUACCCCCCUCAGAACAGGACAGUUAUCCCCUCAGAACAGGACAGUUAUCCCCUCAGAGCAGGACAAUUAUCCCCCUCAGAGCAGGACAGUUUACCCCCUCAGAAACAGGACAGUUACCCCCUCAGAACAGGACCAGUUUACCCCCCUCAGAGCAGGACAGUUACCCCCUCAGAGCAGGACAGUACCCCCCUCAGAGCAGGACAGUUACCCCCCUCAGAACAGGACAGUUACCCCCUCAGAACAGGACAGUUAUCCCCUCAGAGCAGGACAGUUACCCCCCUCAGAGCAGGACAGUUACCCCCCUCAGAACAGACAGUUAUCCCCCUCAGAACAGGACAGUUACUCCCUCAGAGCAGGACAGUUACCCCCCUCAGAAACAGGACAGUUGACUCCCCCAGAGCAGGACAGUUCCCCCUCAGAGAGGACAGUUACCCCCCUCAGAGACAGGACAGUUACCCCCUCAGAAACAGGAACAGUUACUCCCCUCAGAGCAGGACAG